AGGACUCAGCUCACAAGCUUGGCACUUGGUAUGGUGUCAUAUGAUCCUUGUGAUCCAGGGAGGAAUCGGGCCACAGUAGAACCUAUUGGAAAGGAGCACUCUCAGUCAAUCUCCAUUUAACUACUUCUUUUAGUUUGAUAAAAUGAAUGAAGCAGAAGGUCCUAGGUGGCCCGGAUGAUUCAGUUACUGGUUGGUAAGGCUACCAUUUCCAGACGGACUGCACGAGGAACCCCAAUGAUGCAAUGUUGGGGUCCAGCCAUGACUUUAUCGUAAACUUGAGUUGGCAGAAGAUCCCGUCCUUGUCUCCCGUAACAGAAGGGCGUGUGUGUGUUGCAAGUUGCAGAACCGACCCAACCUGUCUCACCGUAAAACCAGCUGUGUGUGCACAUUAGACAUUCAGAGGCUUCAGCGGGGAAGAGACAGCUGUGUUUGCCUUCAGCUCUAGGGCCCGAUACAUCUGUGAGGGAAUGCUAGAUUCUGUUGCCCACGGUACCAUCGUGCCAACUUCAGAACCGCACUUCUGGGCAGAUUAUUUCUGCCAUGAUCUGUAUCCAGCACCAAGAGAGCCAUCGCCAGGUGUCCCAGAGCUUUGGACCUCUUUGCUCCCAGAGCACUGGACAAAGGACCAUGUCUGCGAGUGGCUGCAGUAUUGCUGCGACAGCUACAAACUUGACGCCAACUGUAUUCCCUUUAGUCACUUUAACGUGUCCGGUCUGCAGCUUUGUAAUAUGACGAGAGAUGACUUCACAGAGGCAGCGGGACUGUGUGGGUACUAUCUUUACAGUCUUCUACAAGAAAUCCGCACACAAGGCUUCCCCUGCCAUACCAACACAGAAGACAGAAGUCCACCAAUAUCAAAGCAAGAAGAAAAACUAGAAGUUAAAACAGAAGUCGUGAAAAGGAACAGACCUUCCACAAUCAAUAGACCUGCUGUGCACAGUUCUCACUUGUGGGAAUUCAUGAGGGACCUUCUACUCUCUCCCGAUGCCAAUGAUGGAAUCCUGGAGUGGGAUGAUAAAGAACAAGGGGUAUUCCGAGUGGUGAAGUCUGAAGCGCUGGCACAAAUGUGGGGCAAGAGGAAAAAGAAUGAAAGGAUGAACUAUGAAAAACUCAGCCGAGCCCUGAGGCACUACUAUAAAACCGGGAUCCUGGAGCGGGUAGACAGGAGGCUGGUGUACAAAUUUGGGAAGAAUGCCCAUGGGUGGAAGUGAACAAUCCACGGAAGUUUGCCAGGCAGAACAACAGACGUUACCCUAUGGAUAGACAACAAAUGAGAACUGGCAGAUAUGAGAAUGAGAAAACCAUAGUGGGAACGCCUAAAGAAGAAGAAGAACAUGGAUGGAGCUCUUCAGAAGGUUCUACAUGAUAGACAACUCACAAGGAGCAGCUACUCAGACUCAUUUCCCAAGAGUAUUAUGGAGCAUGGAACUACAUUCACCUUGGAAAUGUUCUGCUCCCCCAACAUUCCUGGCUUCUCCAUGUGUCCUAGUUCUUCAAAGCACCCAAUUAUGGCCGCUUCAUGAUUUCUACGCUGUAAUUAUUGGCCUGAAUGUACAGACUGGGUACCUUCAUACCCAACACAUCUGAUGUCCUUCUUCACUUUCCGCUAUCCCUUUUGGAAAAAAAACCCUUUAUACACUAACAUCCCACAUAAAACCCUAAUGGUAAGAAUGGUAGGUCUCAUGUAGAAAUGAAAACGUUGUAUUAGGACUAAUAACCCAUAGCAACCAAUCAGGGGCUAGCAUUGGCAGGUUGUCCCCUUUACAUGUUUUACUCACCCUGCAAGCCUUCCAAAGCUGUGCCGGUAUCGCUCUGGUUGCAUCGAAAUAUGUCAGGACCAACAAUCCUCCCAAAACCGCAUCUAAAUAGCCAAGGUAAGGUAAGAAGCAGAGUGCAAUAUGGGGGAAUUAUAAACUGCAGUUCCCUCUCAGGUCCACUGAUUUACUGAUCUUAGAGACAAAUAUCAAAUUGGUUGUUAUGGGUUACUAGAUCUGGGUUAACUCUAUUAUCAUUAAAGGGGAUAUAAACCCUGCUACACGGCA